GAACAGUGGCUCCCUUUUUGAUCUUCAAUGCGAAAGCCCAAAGAUCAGUAAACAGUGUCCAACACAGACCAACUUCAUUUCUCCGACAAAUCAAAUGCCGCUUUUCUCUCACCGCCAUGCUUCUUCUCUCCCGACCUCCAAUUCUAAAACCUUUAAGCCCCAAAAAGCCAUUUUAAAUCCUUCUUCCUCUGCUCGUUAUCCCUUGCAUUUUCUCGUCUUUUCACUUAUUUCCCUUCUCAUCGGCCUUGCCGGUACAAUUUUCGCUAUCUCCGCAAUCCUCCGGCCACAGCCCUUACCGGUUUAUCGCUGCGGUAGAUCCGAAGACACUUUCCGGGCAUUCUACUCGGGUUCAGGUUCGAAUAGACUUGGAGGUGGUGAUGGGGCAUUAAAUGAUCGGCCCAAACUUCUUGGUUUUGUUGGAAUUCAAACCGGGUUCGACUCUGUUAACCGCCGUGCAGCCCUUAGGAGUACUUGGUUUCCUUCUGACCCAGAUGGGCUUUUGAGGUUAGAGCAAGCUACUGGUUUAGCAUUUAGGUUUGUAAUAGGGAAAUCAAAGGAUGCAAAGAAGAUGGCACAACUUGAGAAAGAGAUUGGAAAGUACAGAGAUUUCAUGCUGAUAGAUGUUGAGGAAGAGUAUCUAAGGCUUCCAUAUAAAACGCUUGCAUUUUUUAAGGCAGCGCAUAAGCUUUUUGAAGCAGACUAUUAUGUAAAAGCUGACGAUGACAUCUACUUGCGUCCAGAUCGACUUGCAACUCUUCUUGCUAAGGAAAGAACCCAUCCGCUGACUUAUAUUGGAUGCAUGAAGAAAGGACCAGUGAUCACAGACCCUAAAUUGAAGUGGUAUGAGAAAUCUGGACAUUUGAUUGGAAAUGAGUACUUUUUGCAUGCUUAUGGCCCUAUCUAUGUUCUUUCUGCAGAGGUUGUGGCUUCAUUAGCAGCUGCCAGAAAUAACAGUUUUAGAAUGUUCAACAAUGAAGAUGUCACCAUUGGAUCAUGGAUGCUUGCUAUGAAUGUUCAUCAUGAAGAUAACCGUGCAAUAUGUGAUCCUCGAUGUACUCCAACAUCUAUAGCAGUUUGGGAUAUUCCUAAAUGUUCAGGUUUAUGCAAUCCAGCUAGCCGGAUGAAGGAACUUCACAAUAUUGAUAUGUGUUCCAAAAGCCCCACAUUGCCAGCUGAAGAUAGAUAGUUUAUUCAUUUGGGUUUCUACUUGGGUUAUCCCUUGUAUUGACAUAGCAAGAUGGGUAUUUUGUUGGAGAUCCUCGGUCUGAUGGGAGGACCCUAUAUUCUUGAAGCUACUUUGCGAAAAUGAUGACUCUGGCAUUCUACCCUUCUAUGAUUGAUGUAAAAAGUAAUUUACUAUAGCUAAGCAGUUCAUAUAUUUGUAUUCGAACCUUUCGAGCUUUUAGAUAUGUCCAACCGACCACUCAGUAAAUAUUGAUACAAGAUCUAUAAUGUAUCCUACCUGGAAUUCAGAGUUUGAUAUGGGUUUGGGUUUACAUUACCCUUUUUACCAUAAAUUUUCUAUUGAAUGAUGUUUAAUUAUAAUUGUUUAAUUGAGUA